GCUAAUUGGUUCAACUCACGACACGAGUAUCUAUCAGUGCUGCCUUGGCUUUCACAUAUUUUGUUUGCCAUGGGAGUACAUUUCGAGUCGUGCAUUUUUUCUUUCAAACCUCAAAUUAUUGCAACAAAAGCUCAUCUUUCUCAAAGCUCCAACCAUGUCAAACGUGAUUCUCUUCAUAUUGCCAACAAAUGGAACAUUGUUCCAGAAGAAAGUUCUAGGGAAAAAGUAAAAUCUGUAGAUCUAUGCAUUAAUCACUCAGAAAAACUGGAGGUGGUGAAGAAUGAAUUUAGGAAUACUGUGGCUGAAAAUUCAUUCAAAGGUUUGUACAUGGUUGAUGCCAUGCAGCGUCUAAAUAUUGAUUACCACUUCCAAGAAGAAAUUGAAGCAUUCCUAUGGAAGCAAUAUGUGAAUUCUAGUACUAUUGCGGCUGGUUAUGGUAAUGAUAUUCAUGAGAGUGCACUUAGCUUUAGGCUAUUGAGACAACGUGGUUACUUUGUUCCCACAGAGGUGUUUGACUCGUUCACAAACAAGGAGGGAAAAUUCAACCCAAAACUAGGUGAAAACAUCAAGGGAAUGAUAGAUUUAUAUGAAGCCUCACAUUUAGGCAUAGAAGGGGAAGACAUACUUGCUGAAGCUGCACAAUUUAGUGAAAAGGUCUUGAAGGAAAGGGUGGAUGGUAUUCAUAAUCACGAAGCCAUGUUUGUGAAGAGAACCUUAGAGCAACCUUUUCACAAAAGCUUGCCCAUGUUUACCGCUAGAAAUUUCUUUGGUGAUCUUCAUGGCACCAAUAUAUGGUUAGGUUCCUUAAAAGAACUAGCCAGAAUGGAUUUCAGUUUGCUGCAAUGCUUGUACCAUCUAGAGAUUGCACAAAUUUCCCGAUGGUGGACAGAGCUUGGUUUAGCGAAGGAGUUAAAGCAUGCGAGAAAUCAACCACUCAAAUGGUACAUUUGGUCAUUGGCAUGCUUUGAGGAUCCUGCUUUGUCAGAGGAAAGGGUUGAACUCGCAAAACCAAUAUCUUUAAUCUACAUAAUAGAUGACAUUUUCGAUAUUUAUGGGACUCUAGAUGAAUUAACUCUUUUCACUGAAGCUGUUUGCAGAUGGGAUAUAACAGCUACUGAACAACUACCCGAUUACAUGAAGACAUGUUUCAGGGUUCUCUAUAAUCUCACAAAUGAAAUUAGCUCCAAGGUCUAUCAGAAGCAUGGGUGGAAUCCCAUAGACUCACUAAAAAAUGCGUGGAAGAGUUUGUGCAAAGCCUUCCUAGUUGAAGCACAAUGGUUUGCCUCAGGGACCUUUCCCUGUGCUGAAGAAUACUUGGAGAAUGGGAUAGUAAGCUCUGGAGUGCACAUUGUGAUGGUUCACGCUUUCUUUCUAUUGGGUCAUGGAUUAACCGCGGAAAAUGUUCAGAUAAUAGACACAAUCCCUCGCAUCAUUUCUUCCCCUGCAACAAUUCUUCGACUUUGGGAUGACUUGGGAAAUGCAGAGGACGAAAAUCAACAAGGUCACGAUGGAUCGUACGUGAAAUGUCUCAUGAUGGAUCAGCCAGCCUAUACAAUGAGAACAGCAAGAGAGAGGGUAAUGAGUAAGAUCUGUGAUGCAUGGAAGAGUCUAAACCAAGAGUGUCUGUUUGGUUGCAAUUUCCAUUCAGCAUUCACUAAGGUCUCACUCAAUCUUGCAAGGAUGGUACCAUUGAUGUAUAGUUAUGAUGACAAGCACUCUCUUCCAGGGCUAGAGCAGCAAGUCAAGUCCUUGCUUUGUGAUAAUGUUCUUUAAAUUAUAUCUAGUACAAUAAAUGGCCAAUUUAAGUC